AAUGGUUUGAUGGUGUAAAAUUGGUGUGCCGGUGCAUUUACCUCCUUUUCUUACAGUAUAUUUAAACGUGUGUCGAUUUUUAUAAAAUGUGUUAAAUAUAUAAUUAAUUACGAUGUCUGUUCAACUUGAAGAAUCAUUAUUAGACUUUAAUUUGGAUUUCUUGCAUCAAACAUCUAACAAAAUUUUAAUAGCACCUGAAAAGUAUAAUGAUAAAAAUGAAAAAUGUCGCAUUGCAAUUAAUGUUGCAAAGAAGAAGAUCGUUGCUACUGACUCUUUAAUCAGAAAAUACUAUGAAAAGAAAGAAGAAUUAGAACAACUUGAAAAAGCAUUAUACGCAUCAAAAGAAGAAUGCAAGCAAGUUUGUAUUGAUUUCCGUAAUGUUACAGAUAGAUGUAACCAAUUAGACAAUGAGGUACAAGUUCUAUGUAAUUGUAACCAACAACUCCAAGCAAAAUGCAGCGAGCAAGAAAACCUUGUUGGUGCUAUGCAAUCUCAUGUACAUCAAUUACAGACCCUUGUCAAAGAAAACGACACAGUUAUUGAAGGUUUGAAAAUAGAAAAUCAACUUAGAAAGGCCAAUGUCGAUGAUUGUGAAAAGAGGAUAUCAUUAUUUCAAAAAGAAAACGAUGCACUCUUGAAACAUAUGAGUUUAAUGAAAGAUAUAAUAUUUGGAAAAAGAAAACUUAAUAAACGCUACAAACGCAUUCUAAAUAAAUAUAAUAAAAAUUAUGAGAGUGAUGGAAACGAUUCAGUAUUGGAAGGGACAGAGAGUGAUGAUGAUACAAAUAGUCACUGUAUUUAUGACGACAUUUAUGAGGAAAAGAUACCUGUUAAAGAUUAUGCACCCGAACUUGAACCAGUUAUGGCUAAGAAUGAUAACGAUUUAGAAUCGGAUUUUAGCAAUGAACAAGCUAGUGCUGACACAGGUAGAGGUUCUUCCCUUGCCUUUUCGGACACCGAUAAAUGUUUUCACAGUCCAGACUACUUUAUGGACCAUAGUCCAACUGAUACGGAAGAUAUUACAGAGAAAAUACAGAUUAAUCAUAUUGUUACCAGUCCAAACCUUUCAGACCAAAAGAUUGACAUGGCUACAAAUCCGACACCCGCUAAGCAAUCUAUUUUUUCUCCGACUAAAACCAAGGUACCUUUUGAAGUAAAUGAGGUAAAUGCAUGUACGGAAUUAGGAUAUGACAGUCAAACUAAGAUUAUACUACCUAUAGAACAACAACAAAAUUACAAAGAAAAACAAUUUGACGUCAAUAAGAUUGUUCAUAAAGAUGCAAUUACAAAAGUUUCAGAUGAGACUCUUGCAUGUCAUAAUGAAAGUAGCGAGAAAGAAUGUUUAGAAAUGAAUAAUAGUAAUAAAUUUAAUGAAAAUAAUAGAAGAGAUGGUGAAAUCGAGAUGAUUUUAAGUAAAAUGAGAUUGUCCCAUUCAUUGAUUACUCCCAUACCAACGACUCCAUUAAAGUCGGGAUAUUCUUUAUCUGAUCCUGUGAAUAAAGAGUCGAAUUUGUGUAUGCCAGAUCAUAAUUUCGUAUGCAAAGAUGCACUUAAAGUAAAAGAAGAAAAUUUAUCUCUAAGAGCCAAUCUUGUUAAACUUGCAAAUGAAAUUGAAUCUAUAAAAGACAUAUUAAAAAAUAAGAAUUUAUUGACUCAGCAACAUCUAAUGACCUACAACACCGAGAUAGAAUUUGAUGUUAACGAUGAUAAUAUUAGAAAAUUACCUGCUGAGGUUAAUCAAAAUAAUUCAGAAUCGUUACAUUUGGAAAUGAUGAAUAACAGUAUUUCUGGCGACGAUAGUCCAGUCUUUGAUGAAUGUGAUAUAGUAAAAUCGACCAGGAAAAGUCUUAAACGAUUAAAGUUUGAAGAACCACUGCUGUCGUUACAAAAUGGUUCACCGAGAUUAUUACCGGAAUCUAUUCAAGAAAAAGAUGAUCAAAAAGAAGUCAUAAGUGAUGUUAGAAAUAUCGAUGAUAAUGCCAAUAAUUCUAUAAGAAAAGCUUAUAAACAACGGAAACUAACCAAAUUGGAACGGUUACGACAAAAAUUAGUACCUAAAAAUAAAAUCAAAGCAAACAUUGCACCCAUAGGAAAAUUACGUAAGAAGCACAAGCAUAGAAUAAUCAAUGGCGUGACUGAUAAAGUGGCUAUAUCUUUAAAAAAUAAAAAGGCUUAUGAAAAAGCUGUUAAAAUCAUGGUGGAAUUGAAGUCUCAACAGAAAACUGGAAUCGCGCAAAAGACAAAUAGUUUUGAAAAUAAAGGUAAACAAACUUUUAAGAAGAAAAAUAGUAUACCGAUUAAUAAAUCUCAAUUUAAAAUGAGUUCAAUAAGUGAAAUAUCAACGUCCAAUAAAAAUUUGACAAACCAAAUUGACCAAAAUACCAAAGAUCAGCAAAAUUCCAAAAAAAUAAUUAUUCUUGAGAAUAUACUUUUAACAAAUUCACAAAACUGCAAUGAAAAGAAAAUAUCAUCUCAAGACUCUCUACAUACGUGUCUGACUGAUGUUUCUGCUGCUAAAAACACAAAUAAGGUAACUUUUAACGAGAAAGAAGAUUGUUUAGUGACUACACCAAAAUUGAAAGUUUUACAAGAAGAAAACAUCAAUGUAUCCAAUAUUUCAGCAGAUCGUAAUGACUUUAUUAAUGACAAGGAAAAAGAAAAAAAAAAUAAUGUUAUUGAAGAUAAACAACAAAUGCAAACACAAUAUUUACCUAUCGACAGUAAUACAAAAAUUAGUGUAUCUCCAUGUGCAGAAAAAAUACAGAAUACAGAAGACGAAAAUAAAGUAACAAACGAUUUAAGUGAGGCUUCAAAUGUUCAUACAAAAAAUAUGACGUCAGAAACAGAAAAAAAUGAUAUUACUACACCUUUGGUAAAGCAGCAUGAAUUGCCUAAAAAUUUGAUUACAACACGAAGUCGAACAAAAAUUGCUGAUAGUUCAAGUUCGUGCCAGAUUAAACAUUAUAAUAUUGUAGAUGACCAACUUAAAUUAGCUGAUGAAAUAAUACAGGCUUUGAAUAAUAACGUAGACAUAAAAAAUGAUAUACAACAAAGAGCACGAAAACGUCAAAACAGAAUGUCAGAUGAUAGGUCUGAUAUUGAAUGUAAAAGAAGGUUACGCAGUUCGACUGUACGUGCUCCAUCUACUGAAGAAAAUAUUAAAAUACCUGAAAAUAUUAAGAAUGUGGCGGUUUCAGCUGUCGCUGAUAGUAAUGUUAAGCUUGAUACUGCUUGUGUAAAUCUUUCACAAGAAGAACCUAAAACGAAAGAAGCACAUAGACAAAUACGAGAUAACAUAGUAAGCUAUGACGAUCUUGAUUUAUUUAGUCCAAAUAUUAAACAGAUUCACAGCUCCCAAAAUUCCGCAACCGAAAAAGAAGUUAUGCAUCCUAAAAAUAGUAUUUUAUGUAUGAUGUUAGAUAAAUACGGGAAACGAUCCGCUAAAAACUUUUCAAAGAAGAUUUCAGAUACAGUCAUAAAUACAAUCAGUCAAACUAUUGAAAAUGAAAUCUCUACAAUCAUAGACGCUCCCAGUAAAGAUUCAAAAGAACUUAUGAACGGAUUUGUUGAUAAGAUUAAAAAAUGGAACAACAAACAAUUUAUGGCUGGUUUGAUGCAAUACUUGAAAGAUCCACAACGGAAAAUCGAAUUGUAUGGUAAAACGUGUACACCUCCAGCACCACCCAUGACAAAAUCUGAGCAAAUUCUUUUAUAUGUAGUCGCCCAAUUGAAAAAUAUUUGGACAACUAUUAACGUCGUUGAUUGCUUGCUACAUAAUAUGGAAUACGUGCUAUUCAAACUGAACCGAACACCAGGUUUUGAUACAAUCGAAAGCAUGUCCCACUUCUACGCGAUCACUUGUCGAUAUUUCAAAAUGAAGAGUCGAUUGAGACUAUUCAUGUUAGAUGCAAUGUAUUGCAUCCAGUUCAAAUCGGUGCCGCUUAUUAAGCAGUGUAUGGAAGUAUGGAUGCAUGUUUUGCCAUUGGCGCAUAUGGGAAUUGCAAAAAGUACUCUGGUAACGUGUAUGGUAUAUCUUUUACACUUUUAUAAAUGUGAUGACAAAUAUAAUAGAGUUCAGGAUAUCAGAUAUCUCCUAAAUCGUAAAUACUUCUAUGAAAUUACCGAAUGGAAUGAGCCAAAAAUAAUAGAAAUGUUUAGGAAUGCCAUCAGAGAUGUAAAAGUCAUUCCUAUGGAGAUUAAAUUACUGAGGAUAGCUUUAAUUAUCAUCGCUAAACGCCAUGGUCCAAAGUGGUGUCAAAAAAAUAUAAUAAGAAAUCUGCUAAUACCAAUGAUAGAAUCUGAUGACUACCCUGAAAGAGUGAAGAUAUUCUGCGUAUCAAUGUUGGGGCCGUUGUUAAAAACAUAUCCAAUUGAUAUGAGAGUUCAUUUUGAGAUCGUGAUGAAUAUGCUGUUGGACAUGUUAAAGCGAAAUCCUUCACCAGAGAUGCACGAAGCCAUCUUCACUAGUUUGAUAUAUAUGAGUAGGCAUAACUAUAAUCGUGUUGUGCAUACUCUUCUUACUUGGAAACCACAGCGCAUAUCGCCAGAAUUUGAAAAACUCAUUAGUGAUUUCGUAUGUCAGAAACCCUUAAAAAUGUGGAAAACGACAUUAUCGAAAAUGAACGUCAUGCAAUGAAGAUUUGUGCAUUUAAUUGUAUGGAAAUUGUUAAUUUGGUGUGAUUCAAACAAUUGUUUAAAGACAAAAACUUUUGCAGUUUUAAACUAGCAUUGUAAUUCUUAUUGUGGUUAGGCAAUGUAUGUAAUAUUACUAUUAUAUUUAAAUGUGUACCAUUUAUGUUAAAAUUAUGUAAAUGGAAGUAUGCUGCAGGCUGCAUCACUAUUUUUCUGUUGUAUUCGUUUUGUUUUAAAUUUUUUUAUUUUAUUGUACGACAAGUCAACUGUGAUUAUAUAAAACUACUUCAUUUUGGAAGUAGCUUAAGUACUUUAAUGUGAAUAGUAAAAUGUGGGAAAAAAAAUAAAUAACUACCCUCAUA